GGCGGGGCCGGGCCGGGCGGCGGCCGCUGGCGUCACGGCGGGGCCCGGCGGUCACGUGACCGGCGCAGUCAGCUGACCGCGGCGGCGAUGGACUUUCUGCUGGGGAACCCCUUCAGCUCCCCCGUCGGGCAGCGCAUCGAGAGAGCUACCGAUGGAUCCCUGCGGAACGAGGACUGGGCUCUCAACAUGGAGAUCUGCGACAUCAUUAACGAGACUGAAGAAGGACCCAAAGAUGCCUUCCGAGCCAUAAAGAAGAGAAUUGUAGGGAAUAAGAAUUUCCAUGAAGUUAUGCUGGCUUUGACGGUCUUGGAGACAUGCGUCAAAAACUGUGGCCAUCGCUUCCAUGUCCUUGUGGCCAGCCAGGACUUUGUGGAAAGCGUCCUGGUGAGAACAAUCCUGCCGAAGAACAAUCCACCUGCCAUAGUGCACGACAAGGUGCUGACCCUCAUCCAGUCCUGGGCGGAUGCUUUCCGCAGCUCACCGGACUUGACUGGUGUCGUGGCUGUCUAUGAAGACCUUAGACGGAAAGGCCUGGAGUUCCCCAUGACCGAUCUGGACAUGCUGUCACCCAUCCACACACCACGGAGGACUGUGUACAACUCCAACUCUCAGUCCGGACAGAACUCACCUGUGGUCAACUCCCCGCAGCAGAUAGAGUCCAUCCUCCAACCUGUCACCCUGCCCGCUGGGAGAGAGACAUCCAGCGAGGCGCCCAUCACACCCACACCAGAGCAGAUCGGGAAGCUGCGCAGCGAGCUGGAAGUGGUGAACGGGAACGUGAAGGUCAUGUCGGAGAUGCUGACAGAGUUGGUGCCGUCCCAGGCUGAGACUUCCGACCUGGAGCUGCUGCAAGAGCUGAAUCGUACAUGCAGAGCCAUGCAACAGCGUGUGUUGGAACUGAUUCCUCGUGUCCUCCAUGAGCAGCUCACCGAGGAGCUACUCCUCAUCAAUGACAACCUCAACAACGUGUUUCUACGCCAUGAAAGGUUUGAGCGUCUUCGGACAGGACAGCCUGUUAAGGCACCAACUGAGGCACAGAACAGCUUGAUUGACCUGGGACCCAGUACUCCCUCUGCAGCGAGACAACCUGAAGUCACCAACAACCUCUCCUCCCAGCUGGCUGGAAUGAACCUGGGCUCAAGCAGCGUGAGUGCAGGGCUGCACUCCCUCAACACCUCCGGCAAGCUGGAAGAAGAGUUCGACAUGUUUGCCAUGACCCGGGGCAGCUCGCUGGCUGAGCAGCGCAGAGAGGUAAAGUACGAAGAUCCCCAAGCCUCCAAAGGACUCGCUGGUGCCCUGGACGCCCGACAGCAGAACACGGGAGCAGUGCCGAUUCCCCCAGCCAGUUUCAUGGAAGACAUCGAAAAGUGGCUCUCCACUGACGUGGGGGAGUCCGAGGAUGCAAAAGGUGUCACCAGUGAAGAGUUUGACAAGUUUCUGGAAGAGCGAGCAAAAGUUGCGGACCGACUCCCCAAUUUGUCCAGCUCUUCAGCAGGCACGUCUGUCUCCCCUCCUGCCGCCAGCCAUCAUCGGAAGCAAGCAAAGGAAGAUGACGCUAUGUUUGCCUUGUGAAUGCUACUGACUGGUGUGCUGUGGAGCAAGAGGCUGUGUGUGCUGUUUCGCUCGCCUCUGACCAGGGGCCAGCAGGGGAAGGACUCUGUCCCCUUCCUCCACUCUUCCUGUUUUCUCUUUGAGUUGUUUUUAUUUUAAAGCUGCUUUCAGAUUCCAGAUAACCAUUGUUGUGUUUAGGGAUGUCGCACUAUAGGCUUGUGAAGGGGGUUUUCAAAGCUGCUCGAGAACGUGGAAGGUGUGGGCUUUUGGUUUUGGUACGAGGUGGGCAAAGCAGAAGCAGCUCCCCAUCCUCCUCUCCAGGGAGGCAGUCAGAGAUCUUGCCCAGGAAACACGAGAGGCUGCAGCCAUUUGCUGAAAUCGUGCCUGCCUGCUUCUUUCCUAGCCCUCGCAACAGAGUGGGUCCCCGGCCUGCUGCCUGCCACUGUUAGACUGGAAAGCAGCAAGGGUAUGUGACAUUACAGGUGGCAGAGCAAAAACACUAAUGGUAGCGGGGCCCUCUUGCUCUAGCCUCUCUUGCACAAGUGCUUGUGGUAUGCAACACCUUCCCACUCACAACCCUUCCUCUUCUCCCCCAUCAGUUUAUCCAGAGCCCUACCCAAGCCCCCACGUUUCCAUUGCAUGGCAGCCAGCUGCCAAAGCCCUUGGCUGCACGCAGGGCUCAAGCUGCGAGUGGUACCCAGUCUGCGGGCCGAAGGGGCUGUCUGCCCUGGGGUGGGGUGUGCCUUCAGCAAACUCUCUGCAGUUAAUUUAAUUCUCCCCGUAUUAUCCUUUCCUCCCCUCUUUCCCUGAUACGAUCCCGCCUCCCUCUUGCUGCUUCCGCUGAUGCCUUCCACCGUGUCCUGCUGUGGUGUGGGGAGGAUCUCGGAGCCUCUGAGCAGCCAGUGCUAGCGACUCCCCGUGUGCUGGGGGCAGAGAGCUGUUCUCCCUAAAGCUGGAGGCUUUAGGCACUGUUACACCACUGAGAAUGUGCCGUUGCUGGGGUAGCUUGUUCAGCCGGUGAGCGCAGAGGUGAAGCAAGACUCAUCCGACACCAAAAAGCAGCUUUGCAGCAGCCGGGAGCUCCUUUGCACAUGGGGAGCAAAACCCUCCCGAGCAAACCGCACACGCUGCCUAAUCCUACGGGGCGGCCAGGGAGGAGGGUGCUGAGCCUGGGGCUCCUGCUCGUGGGAUUUCUUGUUGAAUGUGGGAGAGUUGCCUUUUUUAUUGCACAUUAAAGGAGCAAACUCUUGAGCCUCCACUGAAGAAA